GAAGGUGUACGGUGUAGUGUGGCGGCGCCUUCUUGUGGUUUAGUGGCACCGGAGUGCAACGUGUCCUAUGGUAUGUGUCGUCGUUGCAGUGCGACCAGGCACUCCGUAUGAUCGUCCUGCGCGUGAAUAGCCCGCGAAGAGGAGGAGGAAGAAGGCCGCCGCUCGGGGUGUUACAGUGUGUACCUUAGAUCAUGAAGUGUAGCACGGUGUCGAAAGGGUUCUGCUCGUAAUCCUGUGCAGUUAUUCCAUUUCAGAAAAUUAUAUGUAAAGGAAAAAAAAGAGAGAGAAAAAAAAAGAAGUGUCGAUUGUGAGUGUGAGGCAAAAGUGUCGAACGGCGUGACGCGGAGAGCAGUGCCAAGUGUGAGUUUUCCCGUUUGUCAUUCUCGUAAGGAAAAAAAAUAAUCAAAAUUAUCGUUCACAAAGUUUUAUUUAUUUUGGGUUUCCCUUAGCAAACAAACCCUUCCUCCGGCACACAUGUCGUUGCUUCCACUAUGCUGAGCCAACAGAAUACGCCAGCCACCAAUAUGAACGCCUUAGGAACAGUGUACGCUACCAAGAGAAGGCGACGCAACGGGAAAAGCAUAAAGCCUCAGCCAAAGGACGGACAGACAAAGAGCAACCCUUCGAAGAGGCACAGAGAGCGUCUCAAUGCCGAGCUGGACACGUUAGCGAGCCUCUUGCCCUUCGAACAGAACAUUCUGUCUAAGUUAGACAGACUCUCCAUACUGAGGCUCUCCGUCUCCUACCUCAGGACAAAGAGUUAUUUUCAAGUGAUGAUGCAUGGAGGUGGAGGUGAAAAACAAGAUGGCGAACACCACCAUCCGACUCGGCAUCGAGAUCUCAUCACCUACGAUCAUCAGGUUCUCGACGGCGAAAUGUUUUUACAGGCACUAAACGGUUUCUUGGUCAUCCUAGACUGCGAGGGAGAGGUCUUCUUUGCAACGCACAACAUCGAGAGCUACUUGGGAUUCCAUCAAAGCGACAUCGUCCACCAAAGCGUCUACGAGCUGGUCCACUCGGAGGACCGCGAAGAACUCCAGAGGCAGCUCAUGUGGAACUCCCACUUGGCGCCUGACCAGGCGCAGAUGACUCUGCAGGAGGCGCUCCAUGGCGACCAGGCCGCCCUCGAGAGAAAUUUCACCGUCAGAUUCAGAUGCCUGCUCGACAAUACUUCAGGUUUCCUGCGCCUGGACGUCCGUGGGAGGAUCAAGAUUCUUCACGGCCAGAACAGAAAGACGGAGGAGCCACCCUUGGCGCUCUUCGCCGUCUGCACGCCCUUCGGUCCGCCCUCCUUGCUGGAACUGCCGCAGAAGGAAGUCAUGUACAAAUCAAAACACAAACUCGACCUGGCGCUUGUCUCCAUGGAUCAGAAGGGGAAGAUGCUGUUGGGUUACACGGACAUCGAGUUAGCGAAUAAAGGCGGGUAUGACCUCGUCCACUACGAUGACCUCGCUUACGUUGCUUCUGCGCAUCAAGAAUUGCUGAAGACUGGGGCCUCUGGAAUGAUCGCGUACCGACUUCAGACUCGCGACGGCACCUGGCAGUGGCUCCAGACGUCGUCGAGGCUCGUCUACAAGAACUCCAAGCCGGAUUUCAUCAUCUGCACCCACAGGCCUCUCAUGGAAGAAGAAGGCCGAGAUUUGUUGGGCAAAAGGACAAUGGACUUCAAGGUCUCCUACUUGGACCCUGGUCUGACCCAAUCGUAUCUCUGCGACUCCGAACUCCCGCAACUCUACGCGUCGCGGAUGAGCCGCAAGUACAAGACGCAGCUGCGGGAUUUCCUCACCACCUGCCGAACCAAAAGGACCUACACCAACAUCACCGACACCGCCUACAACAACUACAACAACGUCUACGGGGCCUCCUACACCACAACCGACAACGGACUGUACAUGCAGCAAAACCUGGGCAACCUCCAGUCUCUGUAUCCUGCCAGCUAUCUUCCCACGGAUAACCUUUUCCACUACCGACAGUUAGGUUCCUAUUACCCGGAUUACAUGACGCACAGUUACGUCGGGAAUGGGUACGUCGAUCCCGCCCGAUCCUGCCUCAGUUACGACACCACGGGUCUAGCCAAGACUGCAGCUGACCAGAAGAUCUACUGCCCCACACAACUCGAUGCCUCAAAGUACCAGUACAAGCCAACAGACGCCUACUCCGCCGUCUACGGCACCAACACCGUGCUUCCGUCGCUGGAGCACAAGUACAGUGAACUGCGGCCGGCUGAGGUCAGAAGAGACGACCCCUCGGCACUGGCGUCCCUCGGGGCACUCGCUGCCACGCCAGGGACGACAGCCAGCGUCGUGGUGACGUCAGUCCCCACGACGGCCACCGCCACGCAUAAAGAGGAGUCCAAAGACUCGGAGGGCUAUUCAAACAAUACCCGCCAGACGGUGCUCAUGUGGGGGUCGGCCUCCCACGAAUACGACCCCAAUAAGAAGUACGCGGAGAGUCCCUCUGCCUCGACGCCAGUCGAUCCUAACCUGGGCAACGUCGCUUGCAAAUGGGGCACUGCCACCCCAGCCUCAACCCCCGGUGCCAGAAGCAGCGCCGGUGGCUCGCCCCACGGAGGCGAAGGUGCCUCUCCACACGCUGGAGGUGGUCCUCCGAGCGCCCACUCGUCAGCAGCUGCAGCUGCAGCAGCUGCUGCCGCCGCCUCAGCCGCUCACGUUGGCGCCGGGGCCGUGGCGCCCGCGGGUAAGGCUGCAUACGGCUACAGUGAGGGCGGCGAGGUAUGGCACCAUCAAUACUAUCCUUACCACCCGUAUCACACCUCGCACAGCAUGGGGGACCCCAGCUACCCGCAGAUCAGCAGGAACCCAAUCCUCUGCUGUCCAUCUCUGAGGUAACCAACACCCUACUGAACCACCAGGACUAAGACGAGGUGGUCGACUUCCUCAAGGGAGAAGGAGGAGGAUCCUGGACUAUGUGGGAGUCCGGAAGUGACAACAACUGAUCCUCCUAUCCUGGCUCAGUCCUGAGAUACAGGACCCCAGGGAGUCGUGAUCAUAUCUAUUGACGAGAUUCCUGAAGCGACCUCUUCCUAAUUUUCACCUGGCCUUCUUCGAGGUCGUCGUAAUUUUCACUAACAUAAUUCCCUAAGUGUCUCAGCUUAUGGAGUUAACCCUUCAAUAGCUGGUUGCCUAAUAAUAGAGAGUGUACGUGCAAGAGAGUUAUGUUUCUGUAAGCUUUUGAGAAGUUUCUCAGGACCUUUCAUGACAGUAGCAUCCACUGAAGAUGCUGCUUCUGGUGAGCAGGCAACACCUACUUAUGAAGUCACAGGCUGUAAUUUAUGCUAGCAGUUCACUUUUGUUGCAACAGUGCUCCUUGGAGAUAAAGGAAAUCAGUUUAAACAGGAUUAGAGUGCUUUGGAUAGCAGUUACCUCAAGAGAGAACUGAAAGACUCUCUGUCUGCAAAUCUUAACCAGUAGCUAAGGUUUUGCUAGACUUGGCAGAUAUCAAAGGCUCUCUUACCUGUCGUUAGCAGAAACAGCUCAUGGAAGCCUUUGGUACAUCUCAAAUGAUCAUAACAACAUCUGCAGCCUGCCAGAUUCUUAAAACGCAGAGACUCUCACUGUACACAUGUGUCCAGCUCAUGAGAGCCUUUGGAAUGCUAAGCUUUAAGAGCUUUAGUUUUUAAACUCGUGCUCAUGGUUAAAUCUUGAGAUGCUUUGGUGCUAUACCCUUUGCAAAGCUCCAAGAUUUCUAAUAUCAACCUUACAGUCAGACCAUGAUAGCUUUUGGAUUGCUAUAUUUUGCAAAGCACUAAGAUCUCCAUUGUUGCAUGGGCAACAAAUGAAAGCCCUUGGCAUGCUAGGCUUUGGAAAGCCACAAGGUCUGUGUUAACAGCCCCUGAAACCUUUGAUACAGCAGAAUUUCCAAAUCCCAGAAAUCUUCACUGUCUGCCUGAUAGCCAAUACACAACAGAUUUUAAUAAAGUAGACUUUGCAACUCAACUCCUCCCCCCCCCCUCAAACUUCCCUCCCCCCACCCACUCAAAAGAAACUCACUGUCAGCCAUAUGGGAAAUUUUGAGACCAUCACUACAACGUUCUUGGCCAAAUAGUGAGGGGCCCUUAACAUUCGUUUGUCCUCAUUCACUCUUGAUGCCGAUUGGGCCCACCAUGACCCUUGCUUUUUAUCAAGACAAAGUCAUAGCUGAGAUAUGAUUGUUUUAACGAAGCACAACCAGAGUCAUCUCUGAGACAGGAAGAUUGUGGAGGUAAUUGGGAAUUGAUUCAGAAAUGAAUUUCCACAGGUGAAGAUUUCAUUGAGGCUUCAACGGCUGUAUAAUUUGAAACCACUCAGAAACAAGUUUUGUGGCUAAAUUUUAGCUCGUCCUUGGAAAAAAAUGCUACGGUCACAUUGACAAUUAAGUGUGGAGGAAUAAAAAGUGAGGAAAAAAAUAGUGGUUAACCAAUAAAUUAUACGAUGAUGAAAACAAAGUGGUGCUCAUUGGUUGAGAGAUAUGUUUAAUUCUAAAAAUUUCGAGUUUUCCGAAAAAAAUUGUGUGUAUUGAUUUUUCGUUUGUAUAUAUAGAUGACUAAGAUUACUGGUAUUAAUGAAACUACUUGGAACUUUUAGUACUUGGUGCCCUGCCUUUCUUAGCUUGAGAAUUUAGAAGUAACGCUCAAAGUGAACGGAAGAGAAAAUACAGAAAUCAAAUAACAUGAAAAGUCAAAGAAAAAACUGAAGGGCAGGAAAAUGUGAUGGAAAGCUUUAAGAAUCAAAAAGAAAAGUGAAGACUUAUGUGUUAUUAAGUAUCCAUUUUUUCGUGAAAAAAAAACUUUUAUGAGAUAUAUGAUGCAGAAAGUUAACUGUGCGUGAUUGAAAUAUAAAAUGCAAUUGAGAACAGUACAACAGUUAAACUAUCAAGAUGAUAAGUGUAACUUUUCUCCCUUACGCAUACGUAUAGACUUAUAACAGACCACUUUUCAUACAGACCACGUAAUGAUCUAGUCAUGAAGUUAAGUGAGAUUUAAGUUCUUUGAUUAACAUAAAAAAAAAAUGUACGUAAUUUUAUGUAAAUGUGAAAAACUCGAAGGAAAUCCAGGCAGUAAAUGAAGAUCAAUAGAAAUAUUAUUUUCUACCCGGGAGGCUUCAUUCUGGUAAGAGUUCCUCGUCUUUAUGUGGCGGAACAUCAGACCAAGGGCUCUGGGUUCUAGAACUCUGGUUAUCCUGGAUUCAGAAGCUAGAGGUCUAGAGAGAUGGCUGGCCUGGCUAUCUUUCUUUGGCCUUGGACAGCAGACGGUCUGGACAAGGACUUUGGAUUCUGAAGCUCUGCUUAUCCUGGAUUCAGAGGCAAGAGGUCUGGAGAGAUGGCUGGCUAGGCCGUCUUUCUUAUUCUGGAACUCUGGUUAUCCUGGAUUCGAAGGCUAGAGGUCUGGAGAGGCAGUUGGGCUGUCCAUCUCUCUUUGUUCUUGAACAGCAGAAGGUCUGUACAAGGAUUCUGGAACUCUGGUUAUCCUGGAUUCGGAGGCUAGAGGUCUGGAGGGGAAGUUGGCCUGGCCAUCUUCCUUUGUCCUUGGAAAGCAGAAGAAUGUAUUGGACAAGGACUCUAGAUUCCAGAAUGAUGGUGAUUCUAGAUGCAAGAAACUAGAAUCCUGAAGGGAAAAGUGACUUAGCCAACGACUUGGUCCUCAAACGUCAGGACUCUUAAUUUUGGAAUGAUGGUGAUCCUAUUUUCUAAAGGCUAAAUUCUGGAAAGAUGGUUGAGCUUUCAAGAUUUAUGAGAUAAGGAUUCUGAAAAGAUAAUCUUUAGAGCCAGAUUUGUUACUGAAAUAUUAAUUUCAGCAUAAUCAUCUGUACACAGUUUAAAACCCAUUAGAACACGCCAUGAACACUAAACACCACCUUUUGUGUAAGGACCAUAAUGUACAACAUAUAUAGACUGAUGAACACAACAUAUUUAUAAAUAUAUAUACGAAUUAUGGUGAUAUUUUUUUUACAAGCACUCCCCUACAAUCAAAGAAAUACCUUUCUUUGUUACACACACUUCCUCUUUUAUGUAUGUUACACGUAUAAUGAGAAUGUACCUACUGUAAAUGCUGUUUCUUUUGGAUCAAGACCACUAAGAAGAGUGUCUUGAUUUUCCAGCAAUGCCUUGGGUUUCGCUUACUGGUGCAUGAGACCCACUUCAGCCUUUCAUCUUGAUUCCGGUCAAAUCAGACUAAAGAACAGCAUUGUUGUUUUGUAGUUUUUGGAAGUGGUUUCUUGGACAAUGGUUCACAAACAGAAUUACAGUCAUGAAAGUGGCUUAAAGUUGGUCCCUCUAAAAACACACUAUGUUAAAUCACUUAUCGCGGAAUACCAUGUAAAUAUGUUAGACAGCAAUUUUUAGUUUUCACAGAGUUCUCUAUGGACUCCUGUUUGGUUGAAGCUUCAGUAUUGGUGUAGACGUAACGAGUUAUGGUUUUUUUUUUUUUUUUUUUUUUUAGAUAUCUCGCCUUAUAUAGCUGCCCGUUUGGAAAUGAUCUUGAACAGGUUUUAUAAUCUACUUGCCGAAAUCAUUCCAGCAUACAUUACUUGUUGUUAACUAGUGAUAUUUCAGAACUAGAUUCAUUUCUUUCCCCCCCACCCACCCCCUUUUUUUUUAUUGUCCAUUUGUUUCAGAUAUUAAGCAAAGAAUGUAUACUCAAAGGAGGCCCAGGUACUCCAUAACUCCUUACUAAGGAUCCAAAUGCAUUAUGAAGUCUUGGUAACCCAGGGUCUCUCAAUUUGGAGAUGUCAUAAGUUCAAAGGGCUUUUGGUAAGGCGUCCAAACAGCAGCAGCAAAAUAACUGGAUUUUCCAACAUAUUUACAAAUAAUUAGUAAAGAUUAUUGUUUGAAAUUUUGGCACGUGCCCAUAGAAAAAAAAAUCAUAUAUAAGAGACUGCAUGUACUAUUCAGAUUUGUGAAUAUUGACGAAACUCAUGGCCACUUUUCUGACACCCAAGGCAUUUGCAACCCAUAAUCAAAAACCUUUUUAGACUUUGGAUGAACAUUUAAGGCCUCUGCCAAGGCAGUUGAUGUAAAUAAUAGAAUUUUAAGAGUUACUCUUUUCCUAAGGAUAUUUUGAGUGCUUGGCUAUUUUUUGAAUAGCAGAAUUCGCUGGUAUGAGUGUCAGUAUAUUUUCUCAGACCAAUCCUCUAAGAAAUUUUAUGUAAAUUAAUUUAACGCACAUUUCAUAGCUGAUACAAACUUUUAGCUGACAAUUUUCCUAUAUUGUACUAAUAGUAUUUAAACUAAUUUUACUACUUAACAUAUGUAUUUACAGAUCAGGUAAAAAAAAUAAAAACUUUUAGUAUACAA